AAUCUAAUUUAAAUUUGUACUUGCAACUUGAAACACACUUUAAAAUGUGCACCUUGAUGGUUUUAUUUACAAUAUGAUGAGUGAAAUGUGCUCUGUUUUGGUAUGAUAUACUUUACAUUGUAUUAUACUAUUAGAUGGAUAAUUGCAGCCCCUCUCCCUUCUCUCACAGCACGAAAGGCGUUGUAAAGGUCGAUGGCACAAAAGAUAGUCUUGUGGAAUAAUCUUCUUUGGCAAGCACCCUGCCGCCCCACCACAUGAUGCCUUCCUUGGCCAAUACCUACGUCACCCAUAUCAGAAGCCACUGGUCUUUUACAGGCUCCAGGGCUUCUAUCCAGACACCCAUCUUCUCAAAUAUUCACUGGCACUGUGAAAGCAUCUCCCCCUAGGCCCUGACAGCGAAGAGUCCAUCUACGGUGCUGGACCUGCUGGACUUGACCUAUCAGUCACUGGGACUGAUGGAUGGCCCCGUGGACAGGAAGACCCUGUAUGCCUUGAUUGUCUGAUGAAGCCACAACCAAUGAUGACAACCAACCUGGAUAUCAAAUCUAAAGGAACUAGACACAAAAGCUACAAACACGAGGGACUAAAUCAGACUGAACCACUGCCUUUAUUUAUCUGCAGUGAAGGCACCACAUUGGACCCAGAUGUGGACUGUAUUUCUGGAUCAUCAAAGGCUUCAGGAGUCGCGAUGACAACCGUUGGCUUGUGAGGACUUCCGGUGAACCGGUGAACUUCCUCUGUGCCGUGCCACGUCUGAGCUCCAUCCCAGGUCUACUUCCUCUGGAGUUGAAUAAUCAACGAGAAAAGCGGCAGCAGCGGAGGGAUACAGCUGGAUAACUUAACGAUUUGCCAUGCUGCCAAGACUUCCUGUGUGUCUCCUCAUUUCUUUACCAGUGCUCCUUGUACAGGGCAGUUCUUCCAUCAAAGGUUCUGCUCCAGCCAGUCCUCCUCCUACUCCUUCCCCUUUUGGUGACCCCACCUGGGCUCUGGGCCUUAAGUUGUACCAGUCCCUUCGCUCUGACGUGAGCUCAGUCAACACACUGUUUUCACCUCUACUUGUGGCCUCCUCUCUAGGAGCACUGGGAACAGGUGCUUCAGGCACCACUGCCAGCGAGUUCCAGGAUCUCUUGGGGGUUUCUUCUUUUGCUAAACAUAGUUCCCAGACCAGAGAACUCUUGUCCAGUGCAUUAAACAGUUUUGUAGUCUCAAAUUUGACCAGCUUUCACCUGCACACAUCCUCAGCUGUGUUUUCUAAGCUGGUCCCUGCGGUCAGCCCGGCGUUUGUGAAGGACAGCAAGGCCAAGUUCAGACUGCAGCAUCAACCGCUUGGGAAAGGGGAUUCCAAGGCUGACCUGGAGCUGCUUCAAGGCUGGGUUAAAGAGGGACUUGAUGGGCUGGAAGGAGCUCCUUUGGAGGGAGAAAUCAAGGCCGGAGCUGGAGCUCUGAUACUAGUGAAUGCCGUGCAUUUUAAAGGCCUGUGGGAGAGAGAAUUCAGUGACGACAGCAAAGACAGUCGAAUCUUCCUGGGGAAGAAAUACACCAAAGUAAUGAUGAUGCACAGAGCAGGUUUUUACCGUCUUUAUGAAGACGUUGCAAACAUGGUGCAAGUUCUGGAGGUACCACUGUGGGGAGGUAAGGCCAGCUUGGUCCUCCUGUUGCCCUUCCAUGUGGAGGAUCUGGCUCGGCUGGACAAACUGCUGACUCUGGAGCUGCUGUCCAAGUGGCUGGAGAACGCUAACAGCACCAGUGUGGCCGUGUCGCUGCCCAAAGCGAACAUCACCAGCACAGUCAGCCUGCAGAAACAUCUGCUUGCCCUGGGCUUGACCGAUGCCUGGGAUCCAAAGGUGGCUGAUUUUUCCGGUGUCUCAGCCGGGGGUAAAGGUGUACUUCAUCUGGGAAACGUUCUACACUGGGCAUCCAUGGAGCUGGCAGCACACUCUGGGAAAGAAGAGGCAGAUCUUGAGGAGGAGAACAUUGAAAAGCCCAGACUGUUCUAUGCUGACCACCCGUUCAUCAUCUUAGUCAAAGACAACGUCACAGGAGCUCUGCUGUUGAUGGGAGCCCUGGACCAUGUAGAAGGAGAGCCGCUCCAUGAUGAGCUCUAGUCAGCCUCCAGUUGUUGUCUACCGAUUUUUCUACCUCUAUAAUCUGCUGUCCUGCAUGUGUAAGCACAGGUUUCUACACACACACACACACACACACACAUAAAUGCUGUUAUUAGUUGUUCUCUUCCUGCCGUAUAAACAUAUUUUUGUGACAUUUAGAAUAUAUAAUGACAUGAUGUUUUUGAGUUGCUUCAGGGAGAUGUAGUGCUAAUGCUAUGUAUUAGAGCAGCGGUUCUCAAACUCUGGUACGCGUACCACCAGUGGUAUGUUAGUGCUCUCUAGUGGUACGUGGGGAAAAUUCAUAUAUAUAUUCUAUAUUCUAAUGUUGGUCAUCAUGGUGGUACUCAGAGAGCUCCAUGUUUUCUCAGGUGGUACAGAGUCGAAAAAGUUGGAGAACCACUGUGUUAGAGCAACGAUAGGUGCAAUGACGUUUAAAAUAUCAUAUAUUCAGCACGUCUCAUUGUGCCCAUGCCCAUGCGUUAAAAUAAAUUUAAAAUUCUAAUCUGGUUAAUUAGUCUUAUGUAUAAUACAUAUUGUUGCAAAGACCAGGGGGUAUUGCUUUUUAUUUUCAAAAAGCAAUUUCUCUUUUAUUAGGAAAUAUAUGGCUUGACUUUUUUAUUGACAUGCAGGUUCAAACUUCCUGCAUUAUACACAAUUUAAAACUCAAACAUUCCAGUAUGUAGGCCUCUUUUGGGUUUUUGUAAAGUCAGGAUAUAAACGACUGCGUUUUGUCAUGAAAUACAUCCUGACUGACUUACACCGACUGUGACACUUUCCCAGAGCAACACUGACCAAGAGGUCAGCUGUGACGACGCUUGGCUGUUGCAGCAAAAGCACCGACUUUGAGGAACUUGCUUCUGUUUCUGUCUUCGCACUCGUGUUUAAACAGACACAUGGACACACACAGCCAUGACAUAAUAACAAACAAGUACACUGACAAACACUAACACGCUGACAUCAGCACAGAACUUUCACCACUAAUAACUCUCAGUGACACCAGAGCAGGUAAGGGAGUAUGUGUGUGUGUGAGAGUGUGUAUUUCUGCAAAGACCAACACAUUAGUGAUGCCCACACAGUUCCCCGCAGCCAAGACGAGAGUCUCCUGAGCUGGAGGUGUAGAAUACUGAUGGAUCAGCCAAGUGCUUAUCGAUGAGCCAGCUUAAUGCUAAUGGCUAUAAUGAGUUACAACGCGUGUCAACAACACAGAGGACGGGGAACCUUUUAAUCUCCUAAUACCAUCAGAGAUCAAUGUUACCUUCAUGUUGUCGGAAAUAAACAAGACCGACGCGGUGUGACAUUAACGUGA